GGAGGCCAAGAGAGCGUUGGGGCAGAUUUGCACUCAGGGCCACCUGAGGGACUUGGCGGUAGCGCUCAGCUCUGUCCCCUCCCCUGGCAGAGACACGAUUGUCGUCUGGGAGUGGGAAACCGUGGAGGGGUGGGUUGUCGGGAGGACAUUUCUCAGGCUGCGCUUAAGGCAAGGUGUGAAGAGGCAGGGCUGGGGGUGGGGCCGGGUCGCCAGGGCGUCUGAGGGAAGAGCCCCCGCCCCUACCCCCACCAACCACCUACACUAGCUGACUGGAGACUAAGAUGGCUGCCGUUGCCAUGGCACCCAACCCUGUGCAGACCCUUCAGGAGGAGGCGGUGUGCGCCAUCUGCCUGGAUUACUUCACGGACCCCGUGUCCAUCGGGUGCGGGCACAACUUCUGCCGAGUGUGUGUAACCCAGUUAUGGGGAGGGGAGGAUGAGGACAGGGACGAGUUAGACCGGGAGGAGGAGGAGGAGGAGGACGGCGAAGAAGAGGAAGUGGAGGCUGUGGGGGCCGGUGGGGGGUGGGACACCCCCAUGAGGGAUGAAGACUAUGAGGGCGACUUGGAGGAAGAGGUCGAGGAGGAAGAGGAGGAUGUAUUCUGGACCGGUGGCAUGGGCGAAUCCAACUGGGACAACAUGGACUACGUGUGGGAGGAGGAAGACGAGGAGGAAGACCUGGACUACUACUUGGACAUGGAGGAGGACCUGAGGGGGGAGGACGAGGAGGACGAGGAAGAAGUGCUGGAGGAGGACGACGAAGAGGAUCUAGACCCCACCACGCCGCUGCCUCCGCCUCCGGCCCCUCGGAGGUGCUUCACCUGCCCCCAGUGCCGGAAGAGCUUUCCCAGGCGGAGCUUCCGCCCCAACCUGCAGCUGGCCAACAUGGUUCAGGUGAUUCGGCAGAUGCACCCAGCCCCUAGUCGGGGGAGCCGUGGGAAUGAGCAGGGCGUUUGUCCCAAACACCAAGAAGCCCUGAAGCUCUUCUGCGAGGUGGACGAAGAGGCCAUCUGUGUGGUGUGCCGAGAAUCCAGGAGCCACAAACAGCACAGCGUGGUGCCACUGGAGGAGGUGGUGCAGGAGUACAAGGCCAAACUGCAGGGACACGUGGAACCUCUGAGGAAGCACCUGGAGGCUGUGCAGAAAAUGAAAGCCAAGGAGGAGAGGCGGGUGACAGAGCUGAAGAGCCAGAUGAAGUCAGAGCUGGCAGCUGUGGCCUCCGAGUUUGGGCGGCUAACACGAUUUCUGGCUGAAGAGCAGGCAGGGCUGGAGCGGCGCCUCCGGGAGAUGCACGAAGCUCAGCUAGGGCGCGCGGGAGCUGUGGCCAGCCGUCUCUCGGAGCAGGCUGCCCAGCUGAGCCGCCUGCUGGCUGAGGCCCAGGAGCGGAGCCAGCAGGGGGGCCUGCGGCUGCUCCAGGACAUCAAGGAGACUUUCAAUAGGUGUGAAGAGGUACAGCUGCAGCCUCCCGAGGUCUGGUCCCCUGACCCGUGUCAACCCCAUAGCCAUGACUUCCUGACAGAUGCCAUCGUGAGGAAAAUGAGCCGGAUGUUCUGUCAGGCCGCCCGAGUGGACCUGACGUUGGACCCUGACACGGCUCACCCGGCCCUGAUGCUGUCCCCUGACCGCCGGGGGGUCCGCCUGGCAGAGCGGCGGCAGGAGGUUGCUGACCAUUCCAAGCGCUUCUCGGCCGACUGCUGCGUACUGGGGGCCCAGGGCUUCCGCUCUGGCCGGCACUACUGGGAGGUAGAGGUGGGUGGGCGGCGGGGCUGGGCGGUGGGCGCAGCCCGCGAAUCUACCCGAUAUAAAAAGGUGGGCUCUGGGGGGUCCUCUGUGGGUAUCGGGGAUGCCAGCUCUUCCUCACGCCAUCACCACCGCCGCCGCCGGCUCCACCUGCCCCAGCAGCCCUUGCUCCAGCGGGAAGUGUGGUGUGUGGGCACCAACGGCAAACGUUACCAGGCACAGAGCUCAACGGAACAGACACUGCUGAGCCCAACUGAGAAACCGCGGCGCUUUGGCGUGUACCUGGACUAUGAAGCUGGGCGCCUGGGCUUCUACAACGCGGAGACUCUGGCCCAUGUGCACACCUUCUCAGCUGCCUUCCUGGGUGAACGUGUCUUCCCUUUCUUCAGGGUGCUCUCCAAGGGUACCCGCAUCAAGCUGUGCCCUUGAUCCACCUGCCACCCGCAGGGGCCCCUCUGGUCAGCACUGGGGGGGUGGGUGGUAGUGGAAGGUGGCCCAUAAGUUUGGGGGCUCAGAGGCUCCUGUUUGUGACUGCAUUGCUUCCUGCUCCCCUUUGACCCCAGGACCCUGCUUCUCCCUCUGAGUCUAAAGAACCCUCCUGGCUUUCUCUCACCUACUGUCUGUCCAACAGGUCUGCAUGGGUCCCAGAUUAACAGCUGCCUGGUCUUCCCUCCCUCCAUCUGCCCAGGGCCUGAGUUUGAGUAAGGGAGGGCAUGUCAUUUCAUUCAUGUCUUUCCCCACCACUGCUCUUGAACCUUCACAUCAGUUCCCAGGCUGGAGGAUUUGGGCCAGACUCAUGACUACGCCAUUCCAAUUACAUUUUCUGAUACUUUUUGCUAAGGGAUUUGGGAGAUUUUGCAGGGAGGCAGGCUAGAGUAGGGGCAAAGGUAGAGCUGCGUAAUAAAGAACCAUCUACUUUCUGGG